AGGCGUUGGCUAAGCUUUCCCGCCCUAAACCCAUGAACAAACCUAUGUCUUCCAACAGAAUUAUUAGGCCAGAUGCUGCCUUUUGGCUUCGAACUAACCGCGCUGGCAUGCCUCCUAACCCCUACACCUACAUGGAGUCCUGUCUCAGUGAUGCAGCUCCUAUGUCUAACAAAGCAAUGGUUGGUGCUCUCAAUUUGUUAGGGAAAGCCCCUAGGCAGCAUGUCUGCUUCAAAGCAGUGGUGGACCUCCCCCACAACUCCUUCCCCUUUCGGAGUUCAUGUCAAUUUCAGCAGUGGAGAACAAGAAUACAGCAGCAGCAGGCCAUAAGCAUAGGACGACAGAAAAUCAAAACACCCAAAACACUAACCGGCAAACGUGGGUCUUCUACAAUCAUGUCGUCGAUUGGGGAUGAUGAUUUAGGGUUUGGUCCAUCUUCUCCUUCUGAAACAAUCAAGCAUUUUUAUACGUGCAUCAAUGAGAAGAAUUUGAAGCAACUCGAAGGUUACAUCUCGGAGGAUUGCUUCUUUGAGGAGUGCUCUUUUCUUGACCCAUUUAACGGGAAAAAGGAGGUUAUGUACUUCUUCGACCAGCUCACACGAAACAUGGGUCCAAAUGUGAAAUUCAGCGUCGAGAAUGUUUGUGACGGAGAGAAUUUCACAGCAGGAGUAAACUGGCAUUUGGAAUGGAAAGAAACAGAGGUCCCUUGCACCAGGGGAUGCAGCUUCUAUGAAUGUUCAAAAGCAGGGGAUAGAUUAGUAAUAAAGAAAGCUAGGGUUGUGAUCGAGUCACCAAUCAAACCAGGAGGUAUUGUGCUGGUCUUGCUAAAGAAUGUGACAAUGGUAUUUGAUGACUUCCCAAAGGCUGCUGCAUGGUUCCUAAAGAGUCCACAAGUUAUAUUGCAGUUCUUAUUGAAGAUUUAUGCUGUACUGUUGGCACCUAUCUUCAACCCAAUACUGGCAGGCUAUCUUAAAGUGUGGGAAUUAACAGCUUUGUUGUUCGCCUUUGCCCUCAAAAUUUUGGUCUUUAUCGGAAAGAUCCUUUUCAAGUGAGGAACAUUUGACGCAAAAAAUGUACAUAAUCAAGACCAACCUCAACGGAAAUAAUGGAUCAACACGCCAGUCAGUUGUCAUCACUAUCACGACUAGACUAUGUUUCCAACCGAGACAGAGCAACCAAUAGCCCAAGAAAAGUUGAGGGCGGUGGAGGUCUGCUAAAGGUAACAAUAGGAUCAGUCUUCUCCUUGCUAACUGCCCCUCCUUCUUUGAAAUCAUUGUUCUGCAGUUGCCUUUGUGCUAUAAUAGACACAGUACCUGGAUUAAAUAACACCAUUAUAUUGUCGUAUAGAAAUUUAUUCACAAAAAUGCAACCUAAACACAACCACCAAUGAGUGAUAAAUGAAGGGAAGUUACACCAUGGUCCAGCCAUAUGGUUGAUUUGCUUGAAUUUGAAUUUUGUUGGCAAUGAAAGAGUAGUUCCAAG